AUGAUUACGAAUGAAUGAAUAAUGGACACAUCCGAUCCCUGGCCGCCGCUAAAUUCAAGACCCACCAUUCUUAUUUGUUCUUAAAAAACCGUUCUUCCAUGAAACCUUCAAUCUUUGCCCUAUCCACCCCCCAAAAAACCUCAAAAUCCACAACCUUAAUCAACCUCGUCCCAUGUCUCUCCAUAUCCUCGGAUCACCCCUGUUCCCCCAUUCUUUUUCCCACAAAAAUCCAACAAAAAAACCACAUAAAAACACCGUCUUUUGCACCCACAAUUCAAGAACCACACAGCUUCUUGAAAAUCUUGAAAACAAUCAUAAAUUGACCCGACCCGAUUACCCGGAUCAGUUUUCUUGCACACCCAUUCGCCCUGUUCACACAAACACACAAACAACUGAUCAAGAUGAUGAAUAUGAUGAUCUAUGGCUGAGAAUGAAAGAUGAGGCUAGAUCAGAUAUUAAUCAUGAACCCAUAUUGGAAAAUUAUUAUUUUAGUUCAAUCUUGUGUCAUCCUGUUAUUGAAAGUGCCUUAGCUGCUCAUCUCUCCAUAAAGCUUGGAACUUUAUCUCUUCCAAGUGGGACCCUUUAUGAUCUUUUUGUGGGUGUGCUUACAGAGGAUCAAGAACUUGUUGCAGCUGUCAAACAUGAUUUGAAAGCUGUUAAAGAAAGAGACCCUGCUUGUGUUAGUUAUGUGCAGUGUUUCUUGAAUUUCAAAGGGUUUUUAGCCUGUCAAGCUCAUAGAAUUGCACAUAAGUUAUGGUCACAAGAUAGAAAAAUUCUUGCAGUUAUUAUUCAGAACAGGGUGUCUGAGGUUUUCGCGUUGGAUAUUCAUCCGGGAGCGAAAAUCGGUUAUGGGAUAUUGUUCGAUCACGCUACCGGGUUGGUGAUUGGGGAGACUGCGGUGAUCGGGAACAAUGUGUCGAUUUUGCAUAAUGUGACGUUGGGUGGGACCGGGAAGAUGAGUGGCGAUAGGCAUCCGAAGAUUGGGGACGGUGUUUUGAUCGGGGCGGGGACUUGUGUUUUGGGGAAUGUUAGGAUUGGGGACGGGGCGAAGAUAGGGGCGGGGUCCGUGGUGUUGAGGGACGUGCCGCCUAGAACCACUGCGGUUGGGAACCCGGCGAAGUUGAUUGGCGGGAAAGAGAAUCCGAUUAGGCUCGAUAAGAUUCCUGGUCUUACUAUGGAUCAUACUUUGCAUAUAAAUGAGUGGUCUGAUUAUGUUAUUUGAAUAAUUAGAUUGCCUGUUUGAAGGUUGAUCUCAGGGUAUAUCAUAUACUGUUCUUGUUUUUUUGUCUAAGUGGUAGUUAAAUGUAUACCUAUGUGAACCAUCCCUUCGUUGUAUCAACAUGUUUGAUGCAGAUUAUGAUGAAUAAAAGAGGAUUUAUGGUUAUAUUUUCCUUGUGAA